AUGGAGGAGUCCAAAUGCCUGGAGCCUGAGAAUGCCGCCUCAUCAGUUUUGGAGAACACGUCACGCUCCACAAUGGGACUGGACGCCAAAAACACAGUCUGCAUCUGGGACUGGAGGAAAGGCCGGAUCCUGGCCACCGCCACGGGACACUCUGACAGGAUCUUUGAUAUUUGCUGGGACCCUUUCCAACAGAACCGUAUGGUGAGCUGCGGAGUCAAGCACAUCAAGUUCUGGUCUCUGUGUGGGAACGCCCUGACGCCCAAACGGGGAAUCUUCGGGAAGACGGGAGACCUGCAGACCAUCCUGUGUGUGGCAGCGGCUAAAGACGACACCACGUACUCAGGGGCCCUCAACGGGGACAUCUACGUGUGGAAGGGCCUCAACCUGACGCGCACAGUCCAGGCCGCACACGGGGCGGGCAUCUUCAGCAUGUUCUGCUGUGAGGAGGGCUUUGCCACCGGGGGACGGGACGGCUGCAUCCGACUGUGGGACGUGGACUUCAAAGCCAUCACCAAGAUCGACUUACGGGAGGCAGAGCAGGGCUACAAAGGUCUGUCCAUCCGCAGUGUGUGCUGGAGAGCGGACCGGAUCCUGGCCGGGACCCAGGACAGUGAGAUCUUCGAGGUGAUGGUGCGGGACCGGGACAAGCCUCUGCUGCUGAUGCAGGGCCACAGUGAGGGGGAGCUCUGGGCUCUGGACGUUCACCCCAAGAAGCCGCUGUGUGUGACGGGCAGUGACGACCGCUCCGUCCGCCUGUGGAGCCUGGUGGACCACGCCCUGAUUGCUCGCUGUAACAUGGAGGAGGCGGUCCGCAGUGUGGCCUUCAGUGUGGACGGGGCUCAGCUCGCUCUGGGCAUGAAGGACGGAUCCUUCACCGUGCUGCGGGUCAGGGACAUGACGGAGGUGGUCCACAUCAAAGACCGGAAGGAGGUGAUCCAUGAGAUGAAGUUCUCUCCUGACGGGGCGUACCUGGCCGUGGGCUCCAACGAUGGACUGGUGGACGUCUACGCUGUGGCUCAGAGAUACAAGAAGGUGGGAGAGUGCAGUAAGUCCAGCAGUUUCAUCACUCACAUGGACUGGUCUGUGGACGGAAAAGUCCUGCAGACCAACGAUGGAGCAGGACAGAGGCUCUUCUACAGAAUGCCCUUGGGUAAACCAGCGCUGAGCAGAGAGGAGGUGAAGGGGCAGCGCUGGGCCUCGUGGAGCGGCGUGCUGGGGUCAGAGGUCAGCGGGAUCUGGCCCAAGUAUUCGGACACGACGGAGGUGAACGCGGUGGAUGCUAACCACUCUGCCGCUGUGCUGGUCUCCGGGGACGACCUGGGACUGGUCAAGCUCUACAGGUUCCCCUGCCACAGGAAAGGAGCCAAGUUCAAGAAGUACAACGGUCACUCGGCCCAUGUGACCAACGUGCACUGGUCACAUGACCUGCAGUGGGUGCUGACCACAGGCGGGGCUGACCACGCCCUCUUCCAGUGGAGGUUCCUCCCAGAGUCUGUGAUGAACGGAGGAGAGGACAUCAAUCUACAAGACAAUCACGGAGACUCCAACAGUGAGGAGUCAGACAGCGACAUGUCUGAUGUGCCAGAACUGGACUCUGACAUAGAGCAGGAGACGCAGAUCAACUACGACCGACAGGUUUAUAAAGAGGACUUGCCCCAACUGAAGCAGCAGAGUCGGGAUAAGAAGCAGCAGGUGGGCUCCCUGAAGAGACAGAGGGGCCCGGAGCAGAGCCUGCAGCUCAAGUUUGUCCACGGUUACCGUGGUUACGACUGCCGGAACAACCUGCUGUACACCCAGAGCGCGGAGGUGCUGUACCACGUGGCGGCGGUGGGCGUGGUCUACAACCGCCAGCUCCACACGCAACGCUUCUACCUCGGACACGACGACGACAUCCUCAGCCUCAGCAUCCACCCGCUCAAGGACUACGCAGCUACAGGACAGGUGGGCCGCGACCCCGCCAUCCACGUGUGGGACGUCCAGACCCUGAAGUGUCUGUCUCUGCUGAAGGGACACCACCAGAGAGGGGUCUGUGCCCUGGACUUCUCAGCUGAAGGGAAGUCUCUGGUCUCUGUGGGGCUGGACGAUGGACACUCAGUGGUCAUCUGGGACUGGAAGAGAGGAGAGAAACUCGCCACUGCCAGGGGCCACAGGGACAAGAUCCUGGUGGUGAAGUGUAACCCUCUGCUCAUGGACCAACUGGUGACUGUGGGCAUCAAACACAUCAGGUUCUGGCAGCACACAGAGCUUCUGACCGCCCUAUCACAGGUACAGCUGCUGACCGUUCUAUAUCAGGUACAGCUGCUGACCGCCCUAUCACAGGCACAGCUGCUGACCGCCCUAUCACAGGCACAGCUUCUGACCGUCCUAUCACAGGCACAGCUUCUGACCGUCCUAUCACAAGUACAGCUGCUGACCGCCCUAUCACAGGUACAGCUGCUGACCGCCCUAUCACAGGCACAGCUUCUGACCGUCCUAUCACAAGUACAGCUGCUGACCGCCCUAUCACAGGCACAGCUUCUGACCGUCCUAUCACAGGUACAGCUUCUGACCGUCCUAUCACAGGUACAGCUGCUGACCGCCCUAUCACAGGCACAGCUUCUGACCGACCUAUCACAAGUACAGCUGCUGACCGCCCUAUCACAGGCACAGCUUCUGACCGUCCUAUCACAGGUACAGCUUCUGACCGUCCUAUCACAGGUACAGCUGCUGACCGCCCUAGCACAGGUACAGCUUCUGACUGCCCUAUCACAGGUACAGCUGCUUACCGGUCUAUAUCAGGUACAGCUGCUGACCGCCCUAUCACAGGUACAGCUUCUGACCGCCCUAUCACAGGUACAGCUGCUGACCGCCCUAUCACAGGUACAGCUUCUGAUCACUCUAUAUCAGGUACAGCUGCUGACCGCCCUAUCACAGGUACAGCUGCUGACUGCCCUAUCACAGGUACAGCUUCUGAUCACUCUAUAUCAGGUACAGCUGUUGACCGCCCUAUCACAGGUACAGCUGCUGACCGCUCUAUAUCAGGUACAGCUGCUGACCGCCCUAUCACAGGCACAGCUGCUGACCGCCCUAUCACAGGUACAGCUGCUGACCGCCCUAUCACAGGUACAGCUUCUGAUCACUCUAUAUCAGGUACAGCUGCUGACCGCCCUAUCACAGGUACAGCUGCUGACCGCUCUAUAUCAGGUACAGCUGCUGACCGUCCUAUCACAGGUACAGCUGCUGACCGCCUUAUCACAGGUACAGCUGCUGACCGCCCUAUCACAGGCACAGCUGCUGACCGGUCUAUAUCAGGUACAGCUGCUGACUGCCUUAUCACAGGUACAGCUGCUGACCGCCCUAUCACAGGCACAGCUGCUGACCGGUCUAUAUCAGGUACAGCUGCUGACCGUCCUAUCACAGGUACAGCUGCUGACCGCCUUAUCACAGGUACAGCUGCUGACCGCCCUAUCACAGGUACAGCUGCUGACCGCUCUAUAUCAGGUACAGCUGCUGACCACCCUAUCACAGGUACAGCUGCUGACCGCUCUAUAUCAGGUACAGCUGCUGACCGUCCUAUCACAGGCACAGCUUCUGACCGUCCUAUCACAGGUACAGCUGCUGACUGCCUUAUCACAGGUACAGCUGCUGACCGCCCUUUAUAAUUAA